UGUACAACCUCCUUGUUGCUCGCGUAUGUCAGCCUACUGGUCAAAAGUCUAGUUACCACUUGAAGCGCCACCCUUCCAUUAAUCUGGCGCACCCUACGUCCGCCGGCAAUCUGCGGUCCGGCGUCACUGGGCACGGUUAUGUUUGUGAACCGAGCUGGAUCCUUGGAGGUGCCAAACAGGUGUUACAAACUCGUGUGCCCUUCUUACAUACUAGUUUGCGGCAUGCUGCCCUUGACAUGAAUUCUUACAUAUAAACUUAACAGCACAGGCAGCUUGAAGCGCAUACUUAACUCCAUACCCAUCUCGUUGUGUAUAGCCUCUUCAAGUUGUAGAACAACGCUUAGCACCCACAUUCGAGUCAUGGAAGAGAAUGCGCUUACAAAGCCACAUAUACACAUCUACAAUAAUAUCAUCACUAGCGACCUCGCGUCUCAAAUUGAGCUUGGAUCUCCAAUUGGAGAUGGUUCGUUUAGCGAGGUUUAUCGGUGUGCCAUCAAUGAAGGCAAGAAGGAGGUCGCAGUGAAGAUAAUCCGAACCAUAAUACAUCCUCAAAGAUCUCUGGAGAAACUUCAGAGCGCGAUGGAUCGGGAAGUCGCAGUAUGGCUUAAGCUCAGUGAAUCGGCUUAUAUCGUGCCGCUACUUGGCAUUGCAAAAUUCUCUCCUCCUGGGUCGUUGCCAGCUCUUGUUUCAGAAUGGAUGCCUUCCGGGCCAUUAAAUCAAUACCUCAAGAAGUACGCCAAAACCCUUGAUGCUUCCGCUAGAGUUGAAUUGUCCAAGGGUGUCGCUGGCGGCAUCAAUUAUCUUCGCUUGGAGGAAGUCGUUCAUGGAGACCUUCACCCCGCCAAUGUGCUGAUCGAUCGCGAAGGGAAUCCACGUCUUACAGAUUUUGGUCUCGCGAUAGUCGUAGGAGACCCAGAGUUGCAGUGGGGUACGACGACUGCGGCACGUGAACUCAAUGCUCGAUGGCGUGCACCUGAAGUCCUUGGAAUAGAGGACGAGGUGGCCAAACCAACUUUCAUGAGUGAUAUAUAUUCCCUUGGAAGCAUUCUUUUCUUUAUCAUCUCAGGGGAUAUACCAUGGAAAGAGAAGAGAAUAUCGAGACAAAUUUUUGUCGAACUGUCGAACAAAGCCACUCCCACACGCCCAGACAAUAUCCUUAAUGGUCACUGGAACUUGAUUCAAAAAUGCUGGUCGUGGAAGGCGAAGGAUCGCCCGGAGUCUACAGAAGUCCUUGGAUGCAUCGAACAAUUUGGGGUCGACGACUCGCAGGCGUCCAUUUCGAAUCAACCAGUGGAUCUGACAGGUCAGAUCAUCGGUCAAAUCGACUGCCUUGUCGCAGGAGGCAACUUUACCAACGUGUACAAAUGCGAAUGCAAACAGGCAUCAGGACGUAUUAAGGUUGCUGUGAAAAUCAUCAAAUUUGGCAUCUCAAAGGAAGAACUAGAAAGAUUACGUCACGAAACUAAGAUCUGGGCGGUCCUCAAGCAUGAUCACACCGUCCGUCUUCUUGGAACGGCAAGAGAGUUUGGGCCAUCUCAUGUCCCACCAGCCCUUGUCUUUCCUUGGUUUGAGACUACGCUCCCUGGCGUUAUCCGAGAACGGGGCACUGAACUGAACAUUGGGUCGAAACUGGAUUUGCUUCUCGGGCCAGCAUCUGCGCUUGAAUAUCUUCAUGGUCUGGGCAUCGUCCACGGGGAUGUCACUAGUCCCAAUAUUCUAGUGGAUAUCUCAGAUGGGAAAUACCGCGCGUGCCUCACUGACAUCGGGUUGGCAACAAUUUUGGGUGGCCAUUUAGGUAACCGCGUGGUUGACGGAUCGCAAGUUCAACUUGAUGCGGUCAGGUGGACCGCGCCAGAGUCGCUCAGUGGCGGCAGCCCGACCGAAGAGAAUGAUAUGUAUUCUUUUGGUUGCAUCAUGUUCCACCUGUUGACUCUAUAUACUCCUUGGUAUACAGUCACCAAUGAGUUAACAGUCGCUGAACACAUUCGUGGGGGAGAACAGAUGUUGCGUCCUGCGCCAUCAGAUUCGCUCGAUCUCACGGAUGCACGCUGGAAUAUGAUUCUCGAGUGUUGGUCAGCCAUGGUGUUACGUCCAUCUGCUUCGAUGGUCAUAGGCUUCUUGAAAAGUGAACUAGAGGCUUUGUCAGCCGAUGAUAAGACUAUUUGUGGACUAGGAGGGGAACAUGCGGUGCCUCUUAUCAAGUACGAGGCGGACAAACCGAGCCCUGCAACAUUGGAUCUAUCCCCCCACAUUACAAACGCACCCUGUAAUGGGAUCCGGCAGUGUUUGCCAGUUGAUGUGUCGGCCUCAGAGGGAACAGAGCAAUCAUCGGCGGACAUCCUCAGACAUAUUUGACGCAGAGCAAAGAACGGCAUCUGGUGAUGUCACACAUCCAACCCGCGAGGAGGAUCUACAGCCUCCAAGUCGGGUCAGUCCAAAUCCUGCAAUACUUCGAAACUCUUCUGGAGUCUCGACGUUGGUGAGCACUUGUCGUUACAUUGAUCUGUAUGCACUCAUCCUCCCAUGCAACAAGCUUCCUUUGAAUGUGUUGCUAUUCGGGGAGACUGGAGUCGACAAAAGCUCUAUCAUUCAAUUGAUUGU